AGCAGAUCACUGAAGAUGAGCAAUUUGGAGUAUUGUGACAUUACUGAUGCUUGCCCGGAUAGUCUUCUUUUAGUUCCACCUCUGAAGAAACCUACAUGUCCAGUCCAACAAGAACAAAGAAACCACACCGCAGAACCCGUAAUAGAUGAUUAUAAAAAGAUGGGGACUCUCUUCGGCGAACUAAACAAAAGCCUUAUCAGAAUAGGCUUCACAAGGAUGUAUUUUGGAGAACGGAUAGUAGAACCCGUAAUUAUUAUGUUCUUCUGGGUCAUGCUCUGGUUUGUUGGCUUACAGGCUCUUGGACUAGUUGCUGUUCUGUGCCUUGUCAUUAUUUAUGUACAACAAUAAGGUUUUGCAGAUGCCUGUUGGAUUAUGUAUUUAAACACUGUCACUAUCUCGGUGGAUUUGUAUGUUUAAGUAAAUGGGUGGCACAUCAAAAGUUGCAAAGCUUUGAAUUGUAUUUUGCUGAACUUCUGAGGUUUGGGAUGAGGGGAACUAAAAUUAUCAAUUCAAAGCAAAGUCAGUAGUUCUACUACAGCUUUGAAGGGCAAAAAAUGAGCCGUUCUUCAUAUAAUGGUGUCCAGAGUAAUGUACCCUUUUCUACACCCUUGGGGCCUUAGUCCGAGUACUGGCUUUUUAUCCCCCACCCUGCAAUGCUCUUGUUUUGCAUAGUGAAAACUUCCUGUCUGGUUUGAAGAGGGCACUGGAUGUGAGUGUCUGCUUCAUUGCCGGGAGGGCUGUGUGCUGUUUGUUCUCUGAAUCUGCAUAAUUUGCUAGUUUGUUGCUGAAAAAGUAGAUACACACGAGGGAGGCUUGCUAAGAAACCUCCAAUGACAAACGGUCAGAAGAUGGACACAGCUUCCUGACAUGAAAGCACCUCUGCUUCAGUACAGUUUAUACCAAGUUUUCCUCCAGGAAGCAAGCUAUGCCAGAAAAAUGCUUUUAUACUAAUGCUGGUGACUUCACACGAGACUUCAGCUGUUGUUUAGGGCUAGGGAGGAAUCAUAAUCCCAUUUAGCCAAAUGGUCUAAUGCAGCUCUGCCUUGGUUUUGGAAAUGUACUCAGCUCCUGCUGCUUUUUUUUUUUUUUAAUCUUGCUUUUCCCCUCACACCUCCUUCUGAAGACAAAUAUUUGGCUAAUUCAUGGACUUUGCAGGUAGUUAUAACUGCAGUGUUGGGAAUUUGCCAUUCCAGACAGCAAUUAGAAUAUUGUCUGCUUCCUCUGGGGUCCUGCGUGACGUGUCUGAACAACUAGCCAGGGAAUCGACAGGCGCUGUUAACACUUCCCUCAUCUGCUGCACUGUGCUCCCAACAUGGGCGAGAAGAUUUGUGUGCAUAAGUAAAUCAGGCUUGUUUCCUCAUGCAGGACAAGAAUGUAGUUGAAAUCAAGUGGUCAUUUUAUUUAGCAGUCUUAAUUGAUUUAUUUCAAAAAUAGGCAAUAAAAUGCGUAUCUGUAAAAUGCGUAUCUAUAGGUGGGUGUCAUGGGCAACACAAAUAUGAGAAUAGGAGAUAUAGAUAUAUGUAUAUAUUCAAAAGUAGGUGCAAAAUUCUCCCUGGCUCCCUAGGAGCCACACCAAGGAUGUAUUGAGUAUUUCAGAGUGAGUUGAAUGUGCUCAUUUAAAGGAAAAUAGUAAAAUGAGACAGAAUCGUUACUAAAUAGGCUACAAGUUUAACAUUUGUUGUACGUUGCUUUUAGUUGUUGUACAUUGCUUUUUAACUUAAUUACAAAGUUGACUUCAUCUAUGGCAGAAUGAAAUUAUACAUUAUUUAGUGAUAUAAUAUCAGCUGUGAAAUUUACAGAAAACUACUUAAGCUUUUGCAGUGUUUUGUUUUGAUUUUUUUUUCCCCUAAACAUUUUUAUAUUAGCAGUGAUCAACAACAGAUAGUUUUUAGUUCAAAAUGCUAAGUCUUUUCCGAAGACUUUUGAAGUUAAGGGUAGCUCCCUUAUGGUCCCAGCCCUGCAACUGGAUUCACAAGGCAGAUUUUAUGCCAGUAUGGAUCGCGUUGGUUGCUGGGCUCAAGUUCCAGGGCCUUUGGCCCCAGUCCUUACAGACUUUCCUGUUGGUGUACUAACUGCUGUUUAGUGCUCUGAACUUUACGGCACUUGGCUCCUUUGAAGUCUUUACGUGCCUGAAUGCCACCUGUAGAAAUGUCUCAGCUGGUCUAAUGAGUAGCUGUGUUGUGAGGAGUCGUGUCUCCUGUCCGGCUCUGAUGACCUUGACUGUGGAUCGGGAGGCUCUGGUGAACUGGUGUGACUGCAUGGCUGUGGGAAGAGGCCUGGGGCAUGCUUGGAUGGCACCUGGUUAAACAGUCACGCUGAUGGCAGGGAAGUGUUUGGCAGCACAAGGUGCUCCUAGAUGCAGGGGGUUGUUAUUCGCAGCUGCAAGUCCAAAAGCAAACAGCAAGUCAGCAAGUACACACUGAACUCAACGGCAGGAAGCUCUGUACUCAAGUGCCUAUGGGUAAACUCUGGUUUUUGCUUCAAAUCCUUUAGAAAGCAGAACAUGUGUUUAUACCUUUGCAUAUUUGUAUAGCUACAAUGGUGGUUUUUUGUGUAUUCUUCUCCUGUAUAAGGGCUAUUCUACAAAAGCAUCUUGUCAUUUAAAAUAAAAUCCUUCCUUUCUUCCCAUAAUCAAAUUACUGUUCAGAGAAGCUCAUCCAAUUGCUUUUGUCCUGUGGGAAAGUGUCGAUGUGAUACCCUCGUUGCAGUAGCACUUGUGUGAAGACGCUGUAUUGUGACACGGCAUGUAGUAUUUUCUUGAAGUGGUGACUUUGCACUGUACGUAAGGAAUGGGGAGCAAUGAACCAAGGGUGUGAGUGUUGAGCUGAGGAGAUUGUUUAUAUGCAUGUAACCUUCUGUUACAUUCAUCACUGUGGCUGUUUUGCUCAUGGAGUCAUUUCAGUUACUCUUUUCAUGUUUGUGUCUCUAUACCUGUGAUGUACGGAAAGGUAGCUUUUGGACUAAAGUUGUGUACAGUGAAUACUUGACAUUGUUUCUCUUGUGGGUAAUAAUGUUGUCUUUCGUAGAAGUUUUUAAACUUUUUAAAACCCGAAAGAAUAGUUCUCUUAAUGGAGUUAGAUUGACAGAAAAUGAAGAAAACAAGCCUUGCAUGGAAGAUAUCCUUCACCUUCCAUUGUCUGCCUUUUUGGUUUCAUACAUUCCAUUGUAUAUAAGAACUUGCAUAGUCUUUUUUACUAUUAUUAUUUUUAAAGCUAUUGCUAUACUAUCUCCCUGCCAGUUGCAGGGAAAGAGACAUAAGGAAUAAAGGGGACUGAGAUACAGUCAGACGCAAAUAGUGGAAAAUGGAAUGCAGUGAAGUGAUGCUUAUAUGGAUUAUAAGAAAUCUGAUUGUAAACCUGUGCCAAAAGUGAGGAGGAAAUGGGUGAAUUGUGUUCUUCCUUCCAUCCAAAUGUAGUUGAAGGCAGUGGGAGCACCAGGCAUUCCAAGAAUGUCCCUAGCUAAAAAGCAGAAGGUUCAUUUUAAAAAAGUCACUUUUGUAUGUUUAUAUUGGUAUAUAUGAUUAUCGGAACUGAAAGUACCUGGAUGCACCUGGGUGUAGGGACUGUAUGAAGGAAUUUUGUCCCCUAAAUCUGCAUUAAACAACAAAUGAUAUAAUUUCUGUUGGUCAAUGUAACGUAUGAAAAGCUUUUUAUAUAACCUCUGUUUUUUAAAGGAUGGACUCUUUCGUACUGUUUCACACCUGCCAAAUGCAUAAAUGUCUGAACUACUGUGUACAGAGAAGAAACUGCACGAAGGAGAAUCUUGGAGGACCCUGUUUGCACUGAAAACUCAUCCCAUUGAAACUGUCAUCUAAAAAGCAAAACUCACGUUUCUUGAAAGCUCUGUACUAAAUGAAUCCUAUGGAAAGCACUUUGUUAUUCUUUGUAAUAAAAAGUCUUGUCAACGA